ACACCGACCGGUCUCGAGGGGGGUAGGUGGACGACGAGGGCACUAUUUUAAAAACGAUCGGCAGGCGGCCGGUUUUAUGUCGGUUUCGGUGUGACACGCGCUCGACGCGUCUGCGAGACCAACGACGUCAACGGGAAUCUCUCACCGCGCUGGUCUGUGUCUUCGUCGUCGUAACGUAUACCGCCGUUAAAUAUGGGGAUAAUACUGUCCAGAUUUCAGAGAAAGAAGACAACUAUUGAAAUUUUGGAGAGUCUAGAGAAACAAAUCAAAGACAUCCAACAAUAUGGACAGACUACGGAGCAGAAACACAAGAGGAUAGUGGGAACUAUCAUCAUUUAUGGAGUUGGCCUUUAUAUUAUGAUAGCAUUCGUCUUUUACUUUUGCUUCUUCCCAGCUUCGUUGUACGAUCAGAUUUUUUAUAUAACACCAUUACUACUUUUCCCGAUUUUAAUACUUUUAACAAAGAAAAUGGUUUCAUGGUAUUAUAAUCGUAAAAUUACCCACAAUCGAGAAAAAUUGUCUACGAUCGUAGCAGAGAAGAAGAAGAUAUUAGAGGAUGUUACCGAAACGGAGACAUACAAGAAGGCUAAAGAGAUAUUAUUAAAAUUUGCACCGGACGAAUUAACCAUGUCACCUUUAACUCCAAAGCUUACUUAUAGGAUGUCGGCACCAUCUGAGACACCUCGGCGUCCUACACCCCAGGCCGUCAUAUCUCCUCUACCUUCUGAAUUAAGAAGAAGAAUCAUACCGACCCAAAAUCAUCCACAAAGCGCACAGAUUGGUGUACCUAUUUCUGGUCAAACGACACCCACCAUUAGACCGAUUAAUCAAUCUUCAAAUACUCCUUUCCAGUCUAGAAUAAUUAAUCCUGCAACCAUGGGUUUCCGAUCACCAUUACCACGACCUGUGUUGCCGCAACAAAGAACAGUGAUUGAACGUUUGGUUGAUUAUUUAGUAGGUGAUGGUCCUUCAAAUCGCUAUGCUUUAAUUUGUCGGCAGUGCGAGUCGCACAAUGGAAUGGCUUUGAAAGAAGAAUUUGAUUAUUUCGCGUUCAGAUGUUGUUACUGCGGUUUUUGGAAUCCUGCGAGAAAGCAAAAACCUUUUGCUCCAAAAUUGGAUUUUGAUAACCCUGCUGUACCUUCAGAUACACCCGAAGCUAAUUCACCUCAUGAUACAAAUGAAGAGACAAUAAAACUUACUGAGCUGGAAACAUGCACACAUUCUGAUACAGAUUCGGAUAUUGAAGUAGUUGAAAGACCAGGCGAAACAUCUGACACUCCCGAAUCGGAAACCAAGGAAUUAUUAGAUGAGAAUGAAUCUGAUAAAAUGCAGUCGUAGCACUCCCCAUAACUUUUCUAUUCGAAUAAGUAGCCUCAAGGCGAAAAGCGAUAUUUCUAAAUCAGAAUUUCAAGUAAGUUUCAAAAUUUGAUAAAAGUAGAGAGGCAGGCACGGUUGAGCAAGAAUGAAGGCGUGAAUGAAUGAAAUAAAAUAAAUUAUAUUAAAUAUGUUGACUUUCUUAACAUGUAAAUGAGAGCUAGAAGUGUGUAAAAUAUCUUUUUAGAUUGUAGGUGUAAUUGUCAAUUGAAACGUUGCUAUUUAAUGGAAAUCGUUGCUAUAAUUUAGGAAAUAACAAAUAUAUGAUUGUUGGUAAUAUACGUAAUGAAACCUAACAGACUCUUCUUAUCUAAGUUUUGAUUAUAUAGCAUUUGCAAGACAAUUUAUGGAAAACGUAUGAGAACCCUAUACACUUACGAUUAUAAAAACGAUCAUUAUCAUUCCAAACCCUUGAUUGCCUCAGCAUCAGCGUUACCGAAUGCAUAAGGCUUGAAAUGAGAAUGACAGGAAAUCAUUAGUCUAAUUUCUUUUAGAUAUCUCGUAGAUUUCAUAGAAAUAUUUAUAUACAACAAUAUUUAUAUGAAAUUGCGUUUCAUUUUUAGUUUUUGAGGCACAAUUUAAUCAAAUGCAACAAAAAAAAACUUUGCUUGAACAUUGCACGCAUGCAAAAGAUUUAUGUUGCACAUCAAUUAAUAAUGUAUUUUUUUAUAAGACUGCCUAUCUUAUCUGCAGUGGCAGAUCAUUAUUUAUAUUAGGCCACAAAUUCCUUUGAGAAGUUGAUCUUUCCUUCGUAUAUCUUAAGCUCAACCCAUCAUGCCUUUUACGUGAAUAAUGCAAUAGUUUCAUAUAUUGCUUUAUUAAACGAAAAAUGAACUGCGUUCUAGCGUAUUAAUUAUUUAAUUAAUAGUUUAGAUAUAAGGCUACUGUGAAACAUGAGUUUCGUUAUGUAGACAUGUUGAGUUUUUUUGGGGGAAAGAAGAAACGAAGAAAAAGAUAUGCAUUUUAUACCAGCAUUGUCUUUUUGCAUGGAAAAUUAUUUGACACUCAAAUGACUUCUACAUUAAAUAUCAUCAUAAAUGUAAAAAUCUGAGAAUGCGCUCUAUAUUAUAUUACUUAUGAUAACACUCUACUGUGAUUCUAGAUAGGCUAAUGAAACUCAUGAUUGUUGUAACAGCUCGAAUUCGACCCCCCAUAACGUAAUUGUGAAUUGUAAAAAAAAACCGUGAAUGUGAUUGUUUUCUCAUUAUAUUGUACUUUCUGCUUCCUAAGUAAGGAAUUGUACCGUCGUUUUUAGCGUGAUAAAUUUGUAUGUAGAAGAGAUACUUGAGAGCAAUUUGGAAAAUUCUUGAUAUGCAAUACAAUUUUAGACAUAA